AUCUACCGGCAGUCUGCGUUGUGCGCUCAGUGUAUGCGUUCUGCGUACGAAUAUUGCGGUUAGUGCGUACUCUUGUGUGUGCUAGUGCGAUUUUUAUAAUUUUCUGUGCUUUGGAUAUUUUUUGUGUAAUUAAAAAUUACGUUGUGUAUGAGUGCGCGAGUUUAAGUUUUUUAAUUAAACGCUUAAGUUUUGCUGUUGCCAGGAGUGACGCGCAGAGACCACCCUAAGAUGGGGUCCUGCAAAUAUUUCAUUCUUUUAGCUUUGGCUUUCACAUCUUCAUCGAAGGUUUUAGCUGAAGAUGAUACAACUAUGGGUCCGAUGUUUAUUAAAGAACCAGAGAACCGAGUAGACUUUUCAAAUACUACUGGAGCUACAGUUGAAUGUACAGCAAGAGGAAGCCCUAGGCCAGAAAUCAUAUGGAUUAGAGCCGAUGGUACUGCUGUUGGAGACGUCCCUGGAUUGCGGCAGGUAAAAGGUGACGGAAAUUUAGUAUUUCCGCCUUUUCGGGCUGAGGAUUAUAGGCAAGACGUUCACGCCCAAGUAUAUAUUUGUAUGGCCAAAAAUCGCGUUGGAGUAAUACAUUCCAGAGAUGUGAAUGUUCGAGCUGUAAUUGAGGAACCUUAUAGAAGUGAAGUGAAUAAUGAAUAUGUGAUUCGAGGUAACUCAGUUGUGCUUAAGUGUAGCAUUCCACCAUUUAUCGCUGAUUUUGUAUCAGUUGUAUCUUGGCAAGAUGACAACAACAAUGUAUAUGAAAACUCUUUUAUCAAUGGCGUUACAUUGAAUCUGACUAAUCAUGAUGGUAAAUAUUUAGUAUUACCGUCUGGUGAGUUGCACAUUAGAGAUGUAACCCAUGAAGAUGGAACUAAAUCUUAUCAAUGUCGUACAAAGCACAGACUUACUGGUGAAACAAGACUUAGUGCUACAAAAGGAAGACUAGUUAUCACAGAGCCUGUGAGUAGUUCUUCUCCAAAAUUUGCUUCUCAGGAGACUGGUAAAAGCUAUCAAUUCAGGUCUGGUCAAAAUAUAGUUUUAACUAGUUCUGCUCAAAGUAAUCCAGUACCUUCUUACAGGUGGUAUAAGUUCGCAGAAGGUUCUAAUAAGAAACAAGCGGUGACUUUAAAUGAUAGAAUUAAGCAGGUUUCUGGAACAUUGAUAAUACGAGAAGCUAAAGUUGAAGAUUCUGGAAAAUAUUUAUGCGUUGUCAAUAAUUCUGUUGGUGGUGAAAGCGUUGAAACCGUAUUAACUGUAACAGCUCCAUUAAAUGCUAUCAUCGAGCCUACGAUUCAAACUGUGGAUUUUGGGAGACCCGCAACAUUAACAUGUAAUUACGAAGGGAAUCCGGUAAAAACAAUAUCUUGGUUAAAAGAUGGUAAAAAAUUGAAUUCUCAUGAUGGAAGAGUGUUACGUAUAGACUCAGUUCGUAAAGAAGAUAAAGGAAUGUAUCAAUGUUUUGUGAGAAACGAACAAGAAAGUGCUCAAGGAAGUGCUGAACUUAAAUUAGGAGGACGAUUUGAACCACCUCAUAUCAAAGAAUACUUUAGUGAUAAUACAAUGCAACCGGGAGUAUCCUUACACUUAAAAUGUAUUGCAUCUGGUAACCCAACACCUGAAAUAAAUUGGGAACUUGACUCAAAGCGUCUGAGUAGUACAGAAAGACUUCGUAUCGGACAACAUAUUACUUUGGCUGGUGAAGUCGUUUCCUAUUUAAAUAUUUCUUCUGUACACACAAAUGAUGGAGGACAUUAUAAAUGCGUAGCAGUUUCUAAAGUAGGUACUGCUGAACAUACUGCCCAUUUAAAUGUUUAUGGAUUACCUUUCAUAAGACCUAUGGAAAAAAAGAAUAUUGUAUCGGGAGAAAAUCUUUUUGUGACGUGUCCUGUUGCUGGUUACCCAUUAGAAUCGAUUACAUGGGAGAGAGAAAAUCGCCAACUCCCUAUUAAUCGAAAGCAAAAGGUUUUCCCUAAUGGUACGUUAAUUAUUGAAAAUGUCGAAAGAUCAUCUGAUCAAGCAACAUAUACGUGCGUAGCAAAAAAUUCACAAGGCCAUACUGCAAAAGGAAACCUAGAAGUUCAAGUUAUGGUUCCUCCUCGUAUUGUGCCAUUCAGUUUUGAUGAACCUAUAUUUUCUGGUCAAUCAGCUCAAAUUUCAUGUUUAGUAUCAGAAGGUGAUACUCCUUUAAAUAUUUCUUGGUGGUUUCAUGAAUCAGAUAAAUUACCCUUAUCGCCACUGCCUAAUGGAAUAUCAAUUAAUAAGAUGGGAAAUAAACUAUCCGUGUUAUUUAUUGAAACUGCAUCGUUUUUUUUUGCUGGACACUAUGUAUGUUUGGUUGAAAAUAGAGCAGGGAGGUCAAAGUAUACAGCAUCAUUAAAUGUCCAUGUUCCGCCUAGAUGGAUUCUUGAACCAACUGAUAAGGCAUUUGCUCAAGGGGGAGAUGCUAAAAUUGAAUGUAAAGCUGAUGGUUUUCCUAAACCUCAAGUUACAUGGAAAAAAGCUAUAGGUAAUUCUCCUGGAGACUACAAAGAUAUAAAAGAUUUGAAGUUAGGGAAUGAUGAUAUUAGAGUUGAAGAGGGAACACUUACAAUUCACAAUAUUCAGAAAAAUCACGAAGGAUAUUAUUUAUGUGAGGCUGUUAAUGGUAUUGGAUCUGGACUUUCAGCUGUAAUUACAAUAGGCGUACAAGCCCCUCCUCAUUUUGAAAUCAAGGCAAGAAAUCAAACUUCUGUAAAGGGUCAAUCAGCUGUUUUAGAAUGUAUGGCGAAAGGAGAAAAACCAAUUGGUAUUGUAUGGAACAUGAACAACAAAAGAUUGGAUACUAAAGAGGAAAAUAGAUAUACAAUUAGAGAAGAAAUAAUGGUCGAUGGUGUCAAAUCUGAUUUGAGUAUUAAAAUUACAGAUAGGAUUGAUACUGCUGUAUUUACAUGUAUUGCAACAAAUUCUUUUGGAAGUGAUGAUUCUAGUGUACAGCUUAUUGUUCAAGAGGUACCUGAAGUACCAUUUGGACUUAAAGUAUUAGAUAAGUCUGGCCGUACAGUGCAACUUUCAUGGUUAGCUCCAUAUGAUGGAAACUCCCAGAUAACUCGCUACAUAAUUGAAUACAAAUUGAUAAAAGGUACAUGGGAAUCUAAUGUUGAAAAAAUGGAUACUACUGGUGAUAAAACAGAAAUGAGUGUUUUAAACCUUCAUCCAGCAAAAACUUAUCACUUCAGAAUUGUUGCUGAAAAUGGAGUUGGAGUGUCAAAACCAUCUGAUCCAAUAACUAUAAUUACAUCAGAAGAAGCUCCAAGUGGAAAACCUUCAAAUAUACGUGUAGAGGCAGUUGAUGAAAAUACAUUAAAAGUUAUAUGGAAAGCUCCAGAACGAGAUGAAUGGAAUGGAGAAAUUCAAGGAUAUUAUGUAGGUUACAAACAAUCAUCAUUACCAGAAAAUAAGUUUGUUUUUGAGACUGUAGAAUUCAGCAAAGAAGAAGGAAAAGAACAUUACCUUGAAAUAGUUAAUUUAAAGACAUAUACACAGUAUACUAUUGUUGUUCAAGCAUUUAACAAGUUAGGCGCAGGUCCUAUGUCGGAUGAAAUAAAACAAUUCACAUCUGAAGGUGUACCUGAACAAGCACCACAUGAUACAACUUGUACAACUCUGACAUCACAAACUAUAAAAAUUUCUUGGGCUUCUCCUCCACCAAAUACAGCCAAUGGUGAUAUAAAAGGAUACAAAGUUAUUUAUGGACCAAGUGAUUCAUGGUUCAAUGAAAGCACAAAAGAUACAAAGAUAACUGUAUCUAAAGAAACUAUUUUACAUGGCUUAAAGAAAUUUACAAAUUAUAGUAUGGAAGUUUUAGCUUUUACAGCUGGGGGAGAUGGAGUUCGUACCCCUAAAAUUUACUGUCAAACGGAACAAGAUGUUCCAGAAGCUCCAUCAGCAAUUAAAGCAUUAGUGAUGUCAACAGAAUCUGUGUUAGUGAGUUGGAAACCACCCGCUGAACCAAAUGGGGAAAUAAACCAGUACACAGUUUAUAUUAGGUCGACUGGUGAAAAUAAAGAUAAAGAAGCAAAUUUGGUUCAUAAAGUUGCAGCAAGCCAAAUGAGUUUUGAAGCAUCUGGAUUAACCAAGCAAGAACCUUAUGAAUUUUGGGUUACUGCAUCAACUAAUAUUGGCGAAGGACAGCCAACCAAACCACUUAUCAUUGCCCCCAAUACUCGAGUUCCCGCAAUGAUUGCUUCAUUUGAUGAUAUAUUCACUGCUACUUACCGUGAAGAUGUUAAACUUCCUUGCUUGACUGUGGGUGUGCCAGCUCCAGAAAUUACAUGGAAAAUAAAAGGUACUCCACUUGAAAAUAAUGAUCGUAUUCGUCAAUUACCAGAAGGUUCGCUACUAAUAAGGUCAGUUACAAGACAAGAUGCAGGAGAAUACUCAUGUUUUGUUGAAAACUCUUUUGGAAAAGAUAAAAUUACUCAUAAUAUUAUGGUAUUAGCUCCUCCGCAUAAACCACAAGUAUCAGUUGGUGAGACUACUUCUAACACAAUCACAUUAAUGUUAAAACCUUUUGCUGAUGAUAAAGAACCAGUUCAUGGUUAUACAAUUAAAUAUAAGCCUGAAUUUGGAGACUGGCAAACAGCUCAAGUAGCCGCUAAAGCUGAAAAAUUCACUCUAGAAAACUUGUGGUGUGGAUCACGUUAUCAAAUAGCUGUAACAGCUUACAAUUUAAUUGGUACAGGCGAUGAGUCAGAUAUACUAAUUACAAAAACAACGGGUUCAAAACCAAAAAUACCUGAAGCAAGCAAAUUUAUAGAAGUAUCUGCUACCAGUGUAACUCUCCAUCUAAAUGCUUGGCUAGAUGGUGGUUGUCCAAUGUUAUAUUUUGUAGUGGAACAUAAAAAAAAAAUGCAACCAGAAUGGACUCAAGUAUCUAAUAAUGUAAGACCUGGUGGUAAUUUUGUAGUACUUGAUUUAGACCCAGCUACUUGGUAUCACUUGAGAGUAACAGCUCACAACAAUGCUGGUUUUUCUGUAGCUGAAUACGAAUUUGCUUCACUCACACUAAGUGGAAGUACUAUUGCUCCCCAUGUUCAAGAUGUGACAUCUAUUUAUACAUAUUUUCCAUGGAUACCUAAAUGGAUUGAUUUGAACGUAGUAGUUCCUACUACUGCUACAAUUAUUGUUAUUAUUGUUGGUAUAAUUGUAGUUUGUGUUGCUUGGUCUCGUAGAGUUCAUGAAAAUGGACAAACAAGAUUACGAGAUGAUAUGACUGUAUACAAUCAAUCUAUGCUUAUGGGUGGUAAUACACUUGAUAAGAGACAUGCAGAUUUUAACGACGAACUGGGUUACAUUGCACCUCCCAACCGAAAACUUCCACCUGUUCCUGGAUCAAAUUAUAACACUUGUGAUAGAAUAAAAAGAGGUUUUCCCGGUCCUUACAAUGGUCAUGGUACAUGGAACCCUAGAGCGCGUCAUAUGUAUGAAGAACUUAACGAUAAUAGUCCUAGGUGUAGAGGACAUUUACCCCCUUGUCCAGGUUCUGACGAAACAAUGUACACCCGGUGUAGAGGAGUAGAUGGUGAGGAUAUUUGCCCAUAUGCAACAUUCCAUUUGCUCGGAUUCCGUGAAGAAAUGGAUCCUUCUAAAAUGCCUUUCCAGACGUUCCCACAUCAAAAUGGUCAUUGUGGAACAAUGGGACCCGGCGGAACUAUGGUUAGCAAUGGAAUGAUGCACCAAUGUCCAGGGACUCAAACCAUGCCACGAAACGGGCGUUAUUCACACGUUGGUGGAGCAGCUAGUUCAAUGUUUUCACCUGAAUACGAUGAUCCAGCAAAUAUAGGUGAUGAAUACGGAAGUCAAUAUGGUCAAUAUGGUGCUCCAUAUGACCAAUAUGACGGCCGCAAUUCAAUUAGUCAUCAGAGUGUUGGAAGUCUAGAACCACCUCUACCUCCUCCUCGAAACCAUGAUCCAAAUGUUAGUAAUACUAGUAAUGAGGCCAAUGAUUCCAAAGACAGUAAUCAAAUAUCAGAAGCCGAAUGCGAUCAACAUAAUGAACUACCUAUUCAAGAGAUUAGUGGCAAACGUUUGCAGCCACAUCCCAAUGCAAGAGCAAUUUUAGUAUAAAAGGUAAAACGUGUUAGUUAUUAUAGGGGCUUACUAACUCAUUAAUAUCAUAAACAAUAUAUAACA